UCAAUCCAUAUGGCGCAUUGUGCAAGAUAACAAUCAUAUCUUUUAUGAUGUUUUGGAACAGAAAAACUAUUUAAUUAUCAUCAAACUAUCUAUCUGCUUUAUUUUGCUCUCUGUGAAUUAGUAUCAUGGUUUUGGCAAUUUGUUUCAUGAUGAGUAUUGUAGCAGCAUUUCAGUCAUCAUCUUCAGGAUCCUUCCCACCUGAAAUCUGCCUCCGCCUCCCGUCAUCAGAAGUUAUAAACACCAUGUCACAAUUUUCCUACUGGGCUCCCGAAUGCAAGCAAAAUCCCUCCGUCAAAAACGGAUGCCCGGAAAAUGUUCACGAAUUAGAUUCGUUCUCUGCUCUUUCUGUUCUGACAGAACCUAUCAAAUGUUUUGUUCAUGCGUGCCAAUCAAACAAUGCUGAAAACCUGGUUCAGAACUGCUCUGAGAAACUUCUUCACCAGUUUCUAAACGUAUUUCAAAUUAGAGUGGACACUUUAGAGUCGCAGGUAUUCAAAGCGUGCAAUUGUGAAUACGACAAAGUAACGACCAGUAGCUUGUUCGCAGGAGCCGAGAAAGUUUCGAUCGAUGAUUUCAAACAUGCGUACAAUUGCAACCCGGAGAUCUCGAAACAUGGAACUUGCAUCAACCCAAUGUAUCAUCUAAAAGAUCUGAAGUUAUGCGCACUGGACUUAAAAGAAAACAAGGAGAGAUUGCAUGCAUUCCGCGAAGUCAUAGAGCUUUACAGAUACAAAUCACUUUGCAACGCGCAGUUUCUGGAACUCUUGAAAGAUAGCAACAUAUUCGACUAUUUCUUGGAGGACUUAACGCCAACAAUCCAAUACAUUGAACAAGCUUGUCUCAACAAAUGUUUUUAUCCCCUGGAACAUUUCGACAUGUUCAAACCGAAUCCUUAUUUCACGACUGACGAAAAAACGUGGUAUACAAAGUGCAAAAACUUCACGUGGCUUCAAAGGAGAACUUUUUAUUCAGGCACGGUGCACUUUCGUGAACUCAAAACAUCAUGGAUGAAGCUUCACGAACAAUGCAGCGAUUUUAGAAACGACAAUGCCAAUCGUUUACCAAAUUUGCUGAAAUUUGUUCCAUUCCCGAGGAAUUUGAUUUCAGAAGAAUUUUCGAUAGAUGCUCUAAGAAAAUGCUGCAAAGAUAAAAAAUAUUACGACACCUUCAAUCACGAAAAAGACAAUUCUCAUUAUUCUGGAAUUGAAGAAACAAUUUGCAUGGCCCCGAAGAAAGUGAUUGCCGGAUUUGGUUUCACAGACUGGAUUAUACGGGGUCUCAUUCAAGCUUAUUCGGGUCAGUGCUGGAUAGAAGAUGCGAAGCACUCAAGGAAGUGUGAUAAAGAUGCAGAAAUUGAUCAGAUGAACUUGAAUGACAUUUCCAGGAGACAAGAAAUAAGCCCAUCUGACAUUUUCUGGUUCAUGCGAUACGUCAAAAAUCAAACGGCAAGGAAUUUUGCCCUGCAAGCAUGUGCAGUUGGAUCCAAGCUAGGCCGAUCAGUUACAAUUCUUCCCGGGCUAGUUGUUAGUCUGGAAGCUCAAAGUUACGUCAUCGCAUCCUCAUCCGAAAUACCAAAAGAGUUCAAACUACUUUGCAUGAUGGCGUAUCAAACGUGUGGGGUAUUUGCGUCAGUCCACGCCAACGCUUUCUUCGAAACAGGAGCUACGUGUAAUGAAUUUGUUCUUGAUAGUUUUUACUUAGGUGAUGAGAUUAUAUCAGGUUUCCAUAGUGAAUUGUAAAAAAAGAAUGGUUUCAACCGUUAAUAACCAAAUAUAUUAUA